ACCAAAUUCUGCUCUCACUCAGGUCCCCAGACUUGAAUCAACAAUUAGAGAGACUUUCGAGAGAGUUGUCACACACCAAGAUGACUCGAGAAGGCCAGUCUUCGCACAAGAUGAUGCCAGUGUUCAAUGAACUCCGGUUAAACGAGGAGUUAACCGAUGCAGUCAUUCAAGUCCAGGAUGUGGAAUUUAAAGUCCACAAAAUCUGCCUCUGCUGUAUACCGUACUUCCGAUCCCUCUUCACACAGAGGUCUCCGCCAGAGGAAAGGGUUUACAAUCUGCCCUUUCUGUCAGCUGAAACUAUGAAGAUGAUCAUAGACUACAUUUAUACUGGGUUCCUUGUCCUCACAGACAACAAUGUAGGAACCCUUUUGGAAGUGGCUGCCUACCUCACCUAUGAGGAGCUACUUGAAGCUUGCAGCGACUAUCUCAUUACGCGACUGACCCCGGACAGCUGCAUUAACACCUGGAGGCUUACAUCCAAGUACUACCUUCCUAAGCUGUGCUCUGCAGCCUGUUCCUACAUCCUUGACCACUUUGAGGAGGUUGCUCACUCUGGCAGUUUCCUGGAGCUGUCCAUGCCAGAAGUCGAAGACAUCAUCAGCAGUGACAACCUGAUGGUGAGACAGGAGAGCGCCGUGUUUGAGUCUGUCAUCAGAUGGGUAUCCCACUCGCCGGCGGAAGGUCAGAGAGACACCUAUGCCCUUUUGUCUAAGAUCAGACUGGCCACAAUGGAUUUAGAGUGCUUGAAUGCUGUGAUGAGAAAUGAGCUGGUGCAACAAGAUGGAGCCAGCGGACGGAUCGUUGCACGUGCAACUUAUCUUCAUCGAUGUAUCCUCCUGAAAGAGCGUGGUUUUACUGGAAUCAACCACCCCCUUAGCCGUCCUCGUCUGCCACCUGCCAUCCUCCUGGCCAUUGGAGGCUGGAAUGAUGGUCUUCCAACCAAUGCCAUAGAAGCCUAUAAUGUCAGGGCUGAACGCUGGAUCACUGUGGAAAACAUGGAGCGUCCUCGUGCCUUUCACGGCUCUGUUUUCUUAGAUGGAUUUGUUUACUGCAUCGGUGGCUUUGACAGAGUGGAGUGUUUCAACAGCGUCCGCAGGUUCAAUCCCACUACCCACAUCUGGAUGGCGGUUUCACCAAUGCACUAUCGCCGGAGCUGCGUGAGUGUCAGCGUUCUGAACGGGCUCAUCUUUGCAAUGGGAGGCUCUGAUGGACAAAGAAGUCUUAAUACAGCUGAGUACUACUGUCCUGAAACCAACCAGUGGCAUCUCAUUGCAUCCAUGCAUGAGCGAAGAAGUGAUGCCAGCUGCACCACAUUUCAGGGAAAGAUCUACAUCUGUGGUGGAUUCAACGGAGACGAUUUCCUGCCGUCAGCGGAGUUUUACACACCAGAAACCAACCACUGGACAUUAAUCCACCCUAUGAGCAGCCCGCGCAGUGGUGUUGGAGUCAUUGCGUUUGCGGAUCGUGUUUAUGCAGUCGGAGGCUUUGAUGGUACUGAACGUCUGCACAGUGCUGAGGCCUACAAUCCGCAAACCAAUACUUGGGUGGCUGCGCCACCCAUGUUUACUCCACGCAGCAAUUUUGGUCUGGAAGUGAUUGAAGACAAGCUCAUCGUUGUUGGAGGCUUCGAUGGCUCCUCCUCCACUUCCAAUGCUGAGUUCUACAGUACUACAACCAAUCGGUGGACUAAUGUCUGCAGCAUGGACGUGUCCCGCAGAGCUUUGAGCUGCUGUGUGAUAUCUGGACUUACAAAUAUGGAGACUUAUGCUUUCCCUCGAGAACCUUUAGAAGAGGAAGAAGAGGAAGAGACAGUCUGAAAGUUCAAUUCCACCAUUCAGAACCAAUGGAACAGAAUAAACAACUUCUGUAGGAAAAUAUUAUGUUUAUUACUCUUCUGUAUGCUCUCUGUGUAAUUAUGUUUGCUUAUUUAACACAGUGAAGUAAUUAGAUGUUUCUUUACCUUCGGCUAACAUGGUUUGGCCAGAACUUCCCCCUUCAUCAGAGCCGCCAGCUCCCAAUGGUAUGGUAUGGUAUGGUAUGGUAUGGUAUGGUAUGGUAUGGUAUGGUAUGGUAUGGUAUGUUAUCUAUUGCUUUAAAUUAACAGAUCGUCUUCUGCUAUUUUGUAAAGACUUUGCCAUCCAGCUGUGUAACACCUCUAAUUGAGAUCUAUGUUGGCCAAUAUUAUUUAUAAAGCUAAUGACCCCUC